CACAACGAAUACAACUUCCUUUAUGAAGAAAUUUUGCUUGCAACGGAAUUAAACAUACAAAAAAUUGAUGAUGGUUACGAAAGGGUACUUCAAUGCAAACCUGCAAUUGCCAGGCUGAGAUCAUUGUACUUCUUAAUUCCUUAUUUUGUUGUCUGAUGCCUUUAGAUCCUGUUUAAGUGAAGAAAUGAGUAAAAUUAUCUUAAUUAUAAACCUUAUUCUUCAAUUUUCCAUAACAUUUACAGCAUAUGGGGAUAAUUCUUACAUUCGCCGCAUCAUAAGAUCAGCAUCAAAAUCUUCCAAAUAUAUCUACACUGAAGGUAGACGCUUGACUCCUCAGCAAACUGAUGUCGAUAUUUGCAAAAGGUUUGAAGAAACUUUGACUCCAGUCCAAACUGUAUACUUCAAGCGAUCUGUAAAUAAGAGAAGCUGGAUAACCACGACAAUAACACCAGACAACGACAUAGAUUUCUCACGCUUUAGUGAGGAAUUUCUGAAUUGUUCACACAUGAUGGUAAAUCCAGAAUGCUAUGAAAUAUUAGCUAACGGAUCAGUUUACGUUCCCGUAUACCUCACAAUCUUUAACGAAACCGACUAUGUUAUAGGAAAAACAGGGAUUCUCUUCAUCUGCCCAGACUUUUUCCCCACUGUCGUUGACAGUACAAAAUUUAGUACAGGUUUAGGUGUAGUUACGUUUGUUGGUCUGGCUCUUUCAACAGUUUUCAUUAUUCUUCAUAUCAUUAUGUUUAUGUUCCUCAAAAAGUUAAGGAAUUUGCCAGGGUACUGCUUGUUGUCUCUUUGUAUUGCUUUGCUGAUGGGCUAUACAGGUAGCUUUUUACAGUAUGGCUUCGCCCGUCAAACCGAAUGUUCUUGGGUUGGGAUGAUAUGUUUUACUUCAUCAUUCUUUUGGAUGAAUGCAAUAUCUUACAAUGUAUGGCGAUCACUGAGAAUGGCAACUUCCAAAUUACAACUCACCACUGACAAUCCUGUGGGUGUACGUUUUGCUUUAUAUUCUAUCUUCUCUUGGGGAACCCCUUUACUGAUAUUGCUAAUUGCAUUUAUUGUAGACAGAAUAACUGUGAGUCCCGAAUAUAGACUGAUUUUCACAGAUGACUGCUGGUUUCAGUAUAAGCAGGCUCUGUCUGUAUACUUUGCCCUUCCUUUCUUCAUUCUUCUAUUUUUGAAUAUUGUGUUUUACAUAUCAAGCUUCUGUAUGAUCAACAGUGCCAGUAUGAAGACUGACGAAAGCAAAUCAGAUCAGUGGUUGUAUUUCUUAGUAUCCAUGAGAUUGGCUGCUGCUAUGGGUCUCAUGUGGAUCUUUGGUGUGAUAGCAAUUGCUACCGAAACCACAGUUUGGUGGUAUUUUUAUGCUAUUUGUAAUACCCUUCAAGGAGCUUUUAUAUUUUUUAGUUUUCCUUUUACUGAGAAAACAAGGAAGGAAUGUAAGUAGACUAUUCAAAAGAAGAAGAGCUCAGUUUUGCCAUCUCAUACAUCUAGGCCGUUCUGAUCUUGAUGAAAAUUUUCUGCAUCUGUAAGUUACAAGAUUGCGUGUAGACAUACAAAGUCAAGAUUAAAAAGCACAGUAACUUUUACAAGUCUAAUUUUACUUAUACAGGGUAUCUCAAAACUCCACGUUCAGACAUUGAAAGGAAAUAAAGAAUAUCAAUGCACUCACUUAGCACACUCACUUAGGAAAUUAAACUCCACUUUAUCAACAGGGAAUAGAAGAAGACAUAAAAAGACACUGCAAGAGCAGUAUAAAGCGGUUUAUUAGGCGGAAUUGGAUAAUACAACAAUUGGUAAACGCAGAAUACGUUUUCAGAAAGAGAUGUUUGAAUUUCCGACCAUUCACGAUGCUUGUCCAACGCCGACACGAAAUGAAUUCCAGGAAGUUGUGAAAAAUAUCUGGAAUUUUUCGGGUAUUAAUAGCAGUGAUUGCGGUUCUUGCUAGAAGUUCAAAUUAGAAGCAAAUCAGCGUUCCAGAAAUCCAGUGUUUUUAACUCAACAUAAAAAUAGCAUGUUCUCUAUAAGAAGUCGCAUGUCGCUAGGUUUAAUGAUAAAGUUUCAGCUGAUGUACAUUAUCACCUAUUUCCGAUCCUGUGUACUCGUGUGAUUCUGGUUAAUACUGAUUUCCUCUUCCUAACUGUAUGUGGAGUUCUGAACACUCAAUAUAUUUAAUAAUCAUUAUUAGUGUAACACAUUGAAUAUUUUGCGGUAUAUGUUUACCAUAAGUGGAAUCUUGUUGAUCUUAGGAUUAAACUAUGCAAGUGAUACAAUGAAAAGAAGCAUCUAUGAUCUUUACAAUAUCAAACGAAAUGUGUAAAACGAGGCUUUGUAUCACGUAACUCUGUUUUUUUAUAUAAACUAAAUAUAUAUCAACAAUAACAUCUGCAAACAUAUGACUUUAAAAGAUAAAAUUUUAUAUUUCUCUAAUAUAUUUAAAAUUUUUAUCGUUUCGUAACGAAUUCGUAGUCAGUUUAGUAAACGAAACAGAUAUUAAUGAAAAAGAGGAAAGUUGAAAGCAUAUUAAUGCAAAGCAAGAAACUCACACACACUAAGUUAUUGUUAAAAUGAUCCAAUUCUAUCAAGUUUAAAUAAAAUAUAUAUAUUAAAAAAUUUCUUGUUUGAAAAUAUUUUGGUUUGUCUACGAGAAAAAAUAUUUAUUUACUUAUACAAACUACUGUAAUAUGUCUUUACAUUUUUUUUUUAGAAUUUAUCUGUCUAUCCUUUUUUUAAACGUAUUGUGCAAAUACACUGUUUCUAUUUUUAAAUCUCGAGGUCUCUCAAGUUCUUGAUAAAAGUAUUAUUUGUUAAAAAAAGUUCUUGUUAAAAAGAACUUAGCUUGUGAUUAAAUAUUUAAUAACUAUGUGUAACACUACUGCAAUAUGUCUUUAUAUUUUUAUAAUAUUUCAUCUC